AUGGAGCCGUCGCAGGUGUCGCCGGCGGCCACCGCCGGAGUGGCCGGCCUCGCCGAGCUCAGCGACGCCGUCUACUUCGCCAAGGUCCUGCAGCUACCGCUGGACAAGUCUGAGUCCAGCGUCGAGGCUGAGCUCGUCGCCCGCGCACGCGAACUCGGCAUCUCAGCCUCCCUCUUCACGCAGCACGCGCACCGCCAGCAGCACGCAGACAAGCGCUACACCUCGAGCGCAGAGUCGGCUUCCACCGUCCAGACCUCGUCGUAUCAUGGCCGCACCUUUUCUACCGCCUCCGACUCCGAUGCCAGCACCGCUCCCACGAUCCACUCCUCUACGCCUCCCACGCCGUCCGUCUCCGCCGCGACGAAGAACAAUGACUCUGCCGUCGCUCUGGAGAAGCGACCCCCCCGCGGCCGGGAAGGGGAACUGAGCUUUUCGCCCUACGAAAAGUAUGUUGCCAAGGUCGGCGCCGGCCUUGAUCAGCCCAAGGCGCUGCGCAAGUCAUCGCUCGUUCCAGCCGAGUCCUCGUCCAGGAGCAUGUUUAGCGUCAGCACCAGGCGCAGCUUCGUCAGCCUUGCCUCGGGGCUCAAGAGCAGGAUCCGGUGGCGGAGGAAGUCGAUAUUGCCGCCGCCGCCAAAUGUCAUGUCGUGCAUCUGCUGCCGCGACGACUACCGAAACGGCCCCAAGACGGCGCCCCUUCACUCCCUCCCGUGCGGCCACACGUACUGCUCGCACUGCCUCCGCAUCAUCAUCAGCCAGUCCAUGUCUGACGAGGCCAAGAUGCCGCCCCGGUGCUGCGCGCAGCCGAUACCGGGCAGCCUGAUCCGGAGCACCCUGACACGGGACAGCCAGCAAGCCUUCCUCAAGGCCGUGGCUCUGUACAGCACACCGUGGAAGUCGCGGAUAUUCUGCCCCAACGCGGACUGCGGAGAGUUCAUCCCGCCGCGCAGCAAGGUAGAUCCCAAGUCUCCCCUUAGCGUGGCAUGCCAGUCGUGCCACACGCGCGUAUGCGUGACGUGCAGGCGCAACGCCCACCCGGUCGGCAAAGACUGUCCCGAGGAUCGGGAGCUGAAGAAGGUGCUCCGGAUGGACGAUAAGUCCGGAUGGCGCCGCUGCUACAAGUGUCGCAGCCUGGUGGAACCGACGCAGGGCCGCACUCACCUGACGUGCCGAUGCAGGGCGCAGUUCUGCUACACGUGUGGCGGCGUGUGGGACCCGGCGGUCGGGUGCCCCAACGUGUGCAGCGGCGAGGAGGAGCUGGAGCGGCGACGGGCCGAGGAGGACGAGCGGGCCGCCGAGGUGGAGGCGGAGGGGGCGGCGCAGGAGCAGGCCAGCGAGGCCGAGAUCACGGCUCGCAGCGUGGCCGAGUCGCGCUCCCGCUCCCACCCGGAUUUCCAGAAGCUCACGCGCCAGCAGCAGGAUGAGCGUGACCGCUUCGUCGAGCUGGACCGCGCGGCCAAGGACGCGCUGCGCCGCCGGCACGACGAGCAGCGAGCCGCCAUGGCGGACCGACACAUGGACCAGCAGGAGAAGAUGAAGGAACGCCACAUCAAGACGGCCGGCCACCUCGAGGAUAGGCAGGUGGCGGCCGAGCUGGAGCUGCGCGUCUCCCUGGAGCAGAGCGAGCGGAGCGUCCGCAUCCGCCUAAAGCACAUGGAAGCUUACUGCGAGGGCCUGGGCCGAUCCUCGGCCCAGCAGCAGGCCGCCUCGUCGCCGAGCGGUACGUCUAUGCCCCAGCGUACCGUGACGGAGCGCGACCUCCGCGAGCUGGGACAGCAGUACAACCUCCGCGACAACAUGGAGCGCAUGCACCAGUCCAAGAUCAACGUCAUGCGCGACCGUCAGGCGAAGCGCAUGGAGGAGCUGCUAGACAGGCAGGAGGCUGAGCUGGCGACGCUGACGGCCAAGGGCCACGAGGAGCUCGACGAUCUGGCUGCCCGGUUUGCCCACGAGACCGAUGCCGCCAAUUCGCUGUUCGCCGCGAGGGCUGACAGGCUGCGGCGCAGGUGGGAUCUUGCCAUGGACAUUCUGCUCAAGGAGGUGCAGGGGGAUGAUGAGACGGUCCGAUACGCGAGGUUGCCAGUACCGCAGCUGCAGCAGUAA